GUCUAUCUUAGAGUUUGCUGUGAUCAUCGUUGGCAUAUACUUCUGUUACCAGUUCUACGCUGUCUUCCAGACCAAGGAGCGGACGACGGACAUUGUCAAUGAGAUUCGUGCCAAGGGCUGGGACGUCAGUGAUGACGACCAAUCCGUGAUUGAGCGGAUGUUUGAUAUCUGUGAAGUUGCAGCAGAAGACAUCCUCAGCCUUCGCUUACUAGCCGCCAACUACACGCUGAUCCUCACAUUCCGCUUCUUCGCCAACUUCCGGGCGCAGCCGCAGCUGGCCAUCAUCACGAAAACUUUGGGUGCGCUGAUCGUGGAGAUCAUUCACUUCAUUGUUGUCUUUAUUCCGGCCUUCUUGAUCUAUGU